GGUCACCCUAUUCCCACGAGGGGAGUUUAAUGUAUUUUUACCCUUCAGAUAUUGGAGGUCCAAGUCGGGCUAGUCCAUACGCGCGAUCUCCCACGGCUCGUUUGGCUGCUAGGUUAAACUCCAGGAGGCUAGGUGGACUGCUGUGUGCGAGAUGCCGCGUUGGCAUCGUAGACGAUAAUGAAGACCUUCCCGAUCCCGAGCACAGAGUUGCUCAAUUCUGGUACAAGUGCAUCUGCGAAGCGGCUGUAUUGCCGUACCGCAAGAGUAGCGCACUCGAAGACUGCGUGGCCCAUUUUGCUUUGCGUAUCGCCACUUUGCAUGACAACAACACCACAGUCUUCGCCGCCACGCAAUCGUUUGUGAUAGCGGACGGUGGCCAGGACCUUGUCGUCGGGCUUUUAGCUGUCCUUCGUGAGGAUCUGGACGCACAAGAUCCAACAAGUGCCAAUGCAGCUCCCGCCAGCUUGAAAACGGAUUUGAUCAUCGACUUCACGUUAAUGGAACCCGUUGGAGACGUAACUACGUCGACAUCCUGGUUGGACAUCCAGCUAUUGGGCUCUCACUUCCAGACCGAGCGUCAAAAGCGGGCUGCAUGGAGUUUGGGUCAACUAAAUCCAUCGUCUCGCUCUCGGUCUGAAACGAACUUUCUGUGGAUCCGUCAGGACUACCGUAAUUCGCUGGAUCUGAGGUCUGGGCGCCGCAGAUAUCUGGAUCUUGUACCCGAUCCUUCCGCACCAAACUCUCUGUCAGAGUUGAAAAGAAUGAAGCUCAUUCUAUAUCACCCCGGUAACGCCGGACUAGAGUUUGAGCUCGUGGCUCGACUUCACGACCGGCUGCGCCAGUCUUGUGUGGACAGUGUGCAAGACUGGAUUAUCGCUGUCUUAUUGGCUGUUCAAAAUCACAACAACAACGAAGGACCGUCUGUCCUUGAGCUGCUUCGCGCAUACCACGAUUAUCUGUGUAAGGUAGUGGGUUAUCAGACGGAGGCUAUGGCAGUAACGGGUCAUCACUUCGCUUUGCAUGCAUGCAUGGGUGAUGAGUGUCAUCAUUCUUGCCCUUCUUUCGAGUCUGUGCGAGACGAUGCUCGUCAGGCCUUGGCGUCGAUGUUUUCUCCCUUGAUAUCGGCCGCAGCCCGUGAUGACCUUCCCAUAACGCAGGGUCCAAGCUGGACUUGCAUGCAACUGGCGCACGACCUCGGGCAACUCCUGUUUCACUUUCAAGUGUCAUAUGUUCUUCUUCAACCCCAUGUCCGGAUCGAGCAUGACCGAUUUUGUCGGCAUCUCUUGAACCGAGCCAGGAAAGAGCUGGAAAAGAGCGUCCGACCCGCUCCUGUCCUAAUAUGGAAUUAUCUGCCGGAUGAGAAGCAGGCGCAGGCCGCGGAAGUCAGAGCAUUAUAUUGCUCCUUACAUUCUUCCUCGUUCGUUGCACAUCCCUGAGGGUGUCCCCGUGUCAUAUUUAUCAGAUAUUCCAUCUAUAUCAUUUCCAUGACAUAUACCUUUCUUUAUU